CGUCCUAAUGUCUAAGCGCCGGGUGGGCUUCUGUCUCAGCGAUAAGAAACGGAGAAAGAUGAAUUUAGUCACAUUUGCGGAGCUCUGUGCCACCCAUGGGUUGGAGGUGAUUGAGAUAGACCUCACCCAACCACUGGCCUCCCAAGGACCCUUUGAUGUCAUCGUUCACAAACUCUCUGAUGUCAUUGUGGAGGCUGAGUACGAUAGCCAAUCACAGCAGCUCCUCACCAACUUCCAAAGCUAUGUGUCUGCUCAUCCCAGUGUGAUUCUGUUGGACCCCCUCCCUGCCAUGACCCAACUUCUGGACCGCUACGCCUCAUACAGGAUCAUGAGCAAACUGCACCACGCUCUCAGAGACUGGUGUGUGUGUAGUCCGUCCUACCUGGAGAUCAGGAGCAGCAGUCAGAUGUCAGACCUCCAACAGACUGUACAGAGGAAAGGCCUCAGCUUCCCUCUCAUCUGCAAGACCAGGGUGGCCCACGGCUCCCGCUCUCAUGAGAUGUGCCUGAUCUUCUGCCCCUCUGGGCUGUGUGACGUCCGUCCUCCCUGCGUCCUCCAGAGCUUCAUCAACCACGGCGCCGUGCUGCACAAGGUCUUUGUGGUGGGCGACGCCCACUUCACCGUGGAGAGACCCUCGCUGAAGAACUUCCCCUCCGGCCCCUGUGAGAGGGAGACAAUCUUCUUCAACAGCCACGAGGUCUCCAAACCUGAGUCCUGCUCUGACCUCACUGCUCUGGAUGAGCAGACGCCCUUGCUGCCUCCACCCAGUGCCCAGGCUGUGGGUGCCCUGGUGGCAGAGCUGCGGACACAGCUGGGCAUGGCGUUGUUUGGGGUGGACGUUAUCCUGAACAUUCACACCCACACGCUCACCGUCAUAGACAUCAACAUCUUCCCAGGCUAUGAGGGGGUCCCCCAGUUCUUCUCCUUCCUCCUCAGUCACAUUGAGUCAGUGUUGGACACCAGAGAAGACCCCCAGGCUGCUGGUCUCCCUGCCUCCCAGGCCACUGGUCCUCCAGACCCCCAGACAGAUCCACAAAGCCUGGGUCACUGUGACCCUCAGGACGCUGGAAACCCUGCCUCCCAGGCUACAUGUUCGACAGCUCCUCCUAGUCCUCGGACAACCCUCUGACCGCGCUCGACCAGACCUGGCUGUCGUUGAACUCUGACCCUGAUUCAGUACCUCACCUGAUCCAGGGUUAGUUCCUAUUCCCCUGUAAAAACAUACAGGUGACACACAGGAGGUGAGUGGUCAUCCACUGUGUUUAUUAGGUUAACAGGUAGCGUAAAAGACACACCAGGCACAAUUACAUGACUCUGAUUGGCCAGUACAUUUAUAAACACAGAAGUUUUUAUUUGUCUUCUUGUGUCUCUGCUCUCUGGUGACUUUCAUCUCACACUCCUUGCUGGUUUAGAUACAUGGAAAAUAAUACAUUCAUUAUUUAGUAAAUCUCAAAAUGCCUAACAGUAUUUAAACAAUCUGGUCUAUUUUUAUGAUGUAAAUCAACUAUUCUUACAAAAAAAGCGAUAAUAUUUUGAAAUUGUAUUAUACAUUUGGAAUAAAAUAUUAAAGGUAUACAGAAAUUCUCACUAUGCAUUUGGCUGAUUAUUGCAUUAUUUAGAAUAUCACAAACAAAGAUUCAAAUAAUUUUAGUUAUGUUAUU